AUGUCUUUUCUCAUGCUGCUCCUGGGACAAGAUGCCACCACAUGGGUAUCAACAGUGUGGGCAUCAACAGUGUGGGAAUCAAUAGUGAGCAUCAAGAGUGUGGGCAUCAAGAGUGUGGGCAUCAACAGUGGGGGCAUCAACAGUGUGGGCAUCAACAGAGUGGGUAUCAACAGUGUGGGCAUCAACAGUGGGGGCAUCAACAGUGGGGGCAUCAACAGUGGGGGCAUCAACAGGGUGGGUAUCAACAGUGUGGGCAUCAACAGUGGGGGCAUCAACAGUGGGGGCAUCAACAGUGGGGGCAUCAACAGUGUGGGCAUCAACAGAGUGGGCAUCAAUAGUGUGGGCAUCAACAGAGUGGGCAUCAAUAUGUGGGCAUCAACAGUGUGGGCAUCAAUAGUGGGCAUCAAGAGUGUGGGCAUCAACAGUGUGGGCAACAACAGUGGGGGCAUCAAGAGUGUGGGCAUUAACAGUGGCAUCAAUAAGUGGGCAUCAAUAGUGGGCAUCAACAGUGUGGGCAACAACAAAGUGGGUAUCAAGAGUGUGGGCAUUAACAGUGGCAUCAAUAGUGGGCAUCAACAGUGUGGGCAUCAACAGUGGGCAUCAAGAGUGUGGGCAUCAAUAGUGGGCAUCAACAGUGUGGGCAUCAACAGAGUGGGCAUCAAGAGUGUGAGCAUCAACAGUGUGGGCAACAACAGGAUGGGUAUCAAGAGUGUGGGCAUUAACAGUGGCAUCAAAAAGUGGGCAUCAAUAGUGGGCAUCAACAGUGUGGGCAACAACAGAGUGGGUAUCAAGCGUGUGGGCAUUAACAGUGGCAUCAAUAGUGGGCAUCAACAGUGGGCAUCAACAGUGUGGGCAUCAACAGUGUGGGCAUCAACAGUGUGGGCAUCAACAGAGUGGGCAUCAAUAGUGGGCAUCAACAGUGUGGGCAACAACAGAGUGGGUAUCAAGAGUGUGGGCAUUAACAGUAGCAUCAAUAGUGGGCAUAAACAGUUGGCAUCAACAGUGUGGGCAUCAACAGAGUGGGCAUCAAUAGUGGGCAUCAACAGUGUGGGCAUCAACAGUGUGGGCAUCAAUAUGAGCAUCAACAGUGAGGGCAUCAACAGUGUGGGCAUCAAGAGUGUGGACAUCGACAGUGUGGACAUCGACAGUGUGGGCAUCAACAGAUGGGUAUCAAGAGUGUGGGCAUUAACAGUGGCAUCAAAAGUGGGCAUCAAUAGUGGGUAUCAACAGAGCAGCAUGAAGAGUGUGGGCAUCAAGAGUGUGGGCAUCAACAAGUGGGCAUCAAUAGUGGGCAUCAACAGUGUGGGCAACAACAGAGUGGGUAUCAAGCGUGUGGGCAUUAACAGUGGCAUCAAUAGUGGGCAUCAACAGUGGGCAUCAACAGUGUGGGCAUCAACAGUGUGGGCAUCAACAGUGUGGGCAUCAACAGAGUGGGCAUCAAUAGUGGGCAUCAACAGUGUGGGCAACAACAGAGUGGGUAUCAAGAGUGUGGGCAUUAACAGUAGCAUCAAUAGUGGGCAUAAACAGUUGGCAUCAACAGUGUGGGCAUCAACAGAGUGGGCAUCAAAAGUGGGCAUCAACAGUGUGGGCAUCAACAGUGUGGGCAUCAAUAUGAGCAUCAACAGUGAGGGCAUCAACAGUGUGGGCAUCAAGAGUGUGGACAUCGACAGUGUGGACAUCGACAGUGUGGGCAUCAACAUGGGCAUCAACAGUGUGGGCAUCAAGAGUGUGGGCAUCAAUAGUGAGCAUCAACAGUUGGCAUCAAUAGUGGGCAUCAACUGUGAGGGCAUCAAUAGUGAGUAUCAACAGUGGGCAUCAACAGUGUGGGCAUCAACAGUGUGGGCAUCAAUAGUGAGCAUCAACAGUGUGGGCAUCAACAGUGUGGGCAUCAAUAGUGAGCAUCAACAGUGGGCAUCAACAGUGAGCAUUAAGAGUGUGGGCAUCAAGAGUGUGGGCAUCAACAGUGGGCAUCAACAGUGUGGGCAUCAAUAG